UUUUUAGUUAGAAGCGGAUCACGGUGUGGCAAGAGCGGCUGUGACGAGGUUUGCGGAGAGGGCACGCUGGCCGAGUACACCUUCUGUGUUGCCUUUGCCGUGUCUUCCUUCACCAUCCGUGGCACCGUGUUUAGCUACGCCGUUAACGACACGCAGUCCAAUAUGGUGGUGCUUGCUGUCACCUCCACUGAGCUCUCGGUGACGUACAACUACAAGGCUACCACAGUGGAGGUGGAGGACCUGUAUGUACUGGGAAGGUGGCGGAGGGCGUGUCUUGUUGGAGUUCGGGGUCAAAACCACACCAUAUAUCUAGACGGCAUUAGUCUCCACUCCUGGCCUUGGAGGAGGGAGCCUUGCCUUCUCCCUGACGGGGCUCUGGUCAUGGGACAAGACCAGGACCUUCUGAUGGGAGGCUACAGCGCCGGCCAGUCGUUCCGGGGCAGCGUUACGGAGAUGAACAUUUGGCGUCGAGCUCUCACGUCCCAAAAUAUCCAACACCUGGAGUCGUGCGAGGCAGCCGGUGGGCAGGAAGGGGACUGGGUGAGCUGGAGCCACGCACCCUGGCGCCCCAUGGGUCGAUAUCAUACUACCACCAAUGACCCAUGUCAAGCUGUCCCAGACCCCAUUAUCUUCUUCAACAUACGAUCUACGUACAAGAAGGCUACCGAAACUCUUGAGAUCUUGGGACUCGACCCUUACCUUCCCCGUGACCAGACUGACGCCGACCAGCUUCAAGACAAGAUGCUGCUCUAUGGCGAUAACUGCCUCAACGAUGCCAUGCAGGGACACAGCGUCUGGAUACGUGCUUAUUUCAACUUCACCUCCAAAUACUGGCAGGACACGAAAACGGGAGAGCGGCUAGGCUUUAACUUGGAGCGCCGCAAGCGAACUUAUGAAAGCUCACGUGGAGGUGUGCAAGUCGGCAAUAAUCUAUGGAUCACUGACGACGCCGAAAAUGACAACUGCUUUGCUGGAUUUCUACCAAAGAAAACACCAAUCUUUUAUUUACGAGGGAUCAAGUUGAACAGACUGCCCAGUAAACACUCCAACGCUUUUAUUCUAUAUCAGACAAUAUCAGAGUAUCUUUCCUUCAGAGGCCUCCAACGUCUCACCAUCGAAUACAACUCGGACCAGUGGGUUCUUGGUGACGAGAAGACAAACAAGACGCUGGCAGUUCUCGUCUCUAAGGACCUCCCCGUCGGCCGUCACUCGUGGUAUUUGUACCUCGAUGAAAGGGCCGGAGUUAGAGAAGAAAAUCUGACCCUGAGCACCUGCUCCCCAGACCACUUCACGUGCGACGAUGGCUCCUGUGUCAAGAUGAGCCACCGUUGUGACCUGGUGAGUGACUGCGAAGACUGGAGCGACGAGCGGAACUGUGACAUCGUGUUGGUGCCCACCGGUUACCUUCAGAGCCUGCCGCCCUCCCCUUCCCUCACUAUUGAUGUCAAUGUCUUUCUGGACGUCAUCGAAGUCAACCUGGUAGGGAUGACGCUCGUCUUGGACCUGUCGUUAGAACUGAGUUGGUACGACCCUCAUGUGACGUACCGCAACCUGCGCCCCAUUCACCGCACCAACAUCGUGUCCACCAAGGAGGGCGAGUGUCCCCUGUGGCAGCCCAGCCUGGCGGUGGCGCCUACUUACAGUUUUGCGAACCAGAAGUCCUCGGUGAUGGUGGUGCGCCAAGCUGACGGCGUCAUCAAGGGGGACGGUGAAUGCCAUUAAACGUUUACAUUAUAUGAAA